AUAGGCUAUACCUUCAUAGAGCAAAAAUGGCGUCAACUUUUGACAACGUGCAGGUCGCUGUUCUAACAGAAAAUUACAAUUUUAAGUUUCUAACAGAUCAUCCGGUUGUUCUUGAUGUAUCUCAUCAAGGAGACUGUGUUAUGAUGCAGUUUUUCAAAGACAAAGCCCCAAUUCACAUGUUCUCCGUAAACAAUGACACGGAACAUGCCAGAAUGGGAGCACAGAGUAUCAUCUUCACACGAGACAAGGACACAACACUGGUCCGGUUUUCUAGUGUUCACAAUAUGAAGCAGUUUCAGUUCCGUCUGAAUGAACUGACAGAUGGAUUAAAAUCUGUGUUCAGUGACAGAACAGAUUCAGCAUCAGCUGUCCAAUAUUUCCAGUUUUAUGGAUACCUCUCACAACAACAGAACAUGAUGCAGGACUAUAUAAGAACAUCAACAUACCAAAGGGCUAUGUUGGCCAACUUAAUAGAUUUCCAUGACAAGGUUGUGUUAGAUGUUGGUGCUGGGUCAGGCAUCCUGUCGUUCUUUGCUGUUCAGGCUGGAGCCAGAAAAGUGUACGCCAUCGAAGCCAGCAGUAUGGCCACCCAUUGUCAGACUCUGGUAGCACAAAACAAAAUGUCUGACAAGAUUGUGGUGGUGCCGGGGAAGGUGGAGGAUGUUGAGAUCCCAGAGGCUGUAGACACCAUUAUAUCCGAGCCCAUGGGCUACAUGCUAUUCAAUGAGAGAAUGCUGGAGACUUUCCUCCAUGCCAAGAAAUGGCUCAAACCUGGAGGGAAGAUGUUUCCAACUCAGGGAGACCUGCACAUAGCCCCAUUCACAGAUGAAGCCCUUUACCUGGAGCAAUUUUCAAAGGCUAAUUUCUGGUAUCAGCAAUCAUUCCAUGGAAUUGAUUUAGCAAGUUUACGUAGUGCAGCUGUCAAAGAAUACUUCACACAGCCCAUUGUCGACACUUUUGAUGUGAGGAUAUGUCUUGCCAAGUCGGUGAAACACACGGUGGAUUUCCAGACGGCAGAUGAAACAGACCUACACAACAUUGAGAUCCCCCUGACCUUCAGUAUGCACGAGUCUGGUUUGGUGCAUGGUCUAGCUUUCUGGUUUGAUGUGGCCUUUUUGGGAUCAAUAGAGUCGGUAUGGUUGUCUACAGCCCCUACAGAGACCCUGACCCACUGGUACCAGGUCAGGUGUCUGGUGGAAACCCCGGUCCUGGUCAAGCAGGGACAGACCCUCACCGGCAAGUGUGUGCUAAGGUGUAAUAAAAGACAAAGUUAUGAUGUUGACAUUGAAUUAAACAUCCCAGGAACAAACUCAAAGUCCACAAACACUUUAGAUCUGAAAAAUCCAUUUUUCCGUUACACGGGUCAGACCCCUCAACCUCCCCCAGGGACCAACACAACCUGCCCCACUGAUGCCUACUGGAAUAAUAUGGCAACAGGUCAGACUGCCUAUAUGAAUGGACUGGUCAACGGUGACACCAGUGCCGUCCAACUCAUUAACCACCAGGGGGUCGUUCAACAAAAUCUUGUCCCAGUCUCUGCUCCUAUCAACCCUGGGGGUAUACCAAGCGUAAUAAAUUUGACAUCCAAUGCCCACAGAGCAUCUGUUGGGGCUGGAAUAAGUCCAGUCAACUUUGCACACCAAUCACAGAGUUCCAUCCCUGCCAGUUUCCCAGUCAGCAAUCAGUUUAUGAUAGGGGAUUAUGUUAUGCCAGGAAAUGUCAUUUAUCCAUCACAAUCACAGUCACGGAAAUCAGAGGCAGUGUGACAGUAGAGCAGCAGCAAGUGAUGGUCAGAUGAUUUUACAAACAAUUACACAGUAUCUGUGUUCUAUAGCUCACUAGACUAUCAUAAUCAUUGGAUCUCUUCUUCUGUGCUCAACUGUAUCAUUGAUGUGUUGUGUCAUGAUUCUGUUGGAAGGGGCAAGUUCUACACAAUGUAUACUGUAGACAAAGCUGCCGCCGAAGACAAAGCCUUAUAUGAAAUGUAGUUCCAUAUUGUGUUGACAUUACAUGUAGCCGUUAGUGAUGGAUCCGUGUAUUAGUUGUACUUUUUCGGACCUCCAGGAUGGACUGAUUUCUGUUGAGUGACAGACUAAGUGGAAUUAAUUUUAAUCUUUCUGCUGAGAUCAUGUAAUAAAUCUGUUAAUGUGAUAUAGACACAUGAUACAUGAUUUGUUUCAAAGUACAUGUACUUCAGUAAACAAAAACGUGAUUUUUUGCAUGAUCAAAUGGGAAACAAUUGUCAUAUUAAAAGAAAAGUACCCUA